AUGCCGAGAGAAUUAAAGAGCUUUUCUUCCACGGAUACACUGAAGGAUGAUGCUGGCCACCGGCAUAAAAUCAGGGUAUUCGACUCCCAAAUUUGUCAGAUCGUCAACAGCAAUCCCAAUCGUCACUGCGAGUCGGCACAAAUUCACAGCAUCGUGACAGGGAUGGCGAUCGUCCUGCUUUUCGCCUCUCAAUGCCUGGGCCUCACGCCGUACAAUUGCCGUUACGUCGUGGAAGACAACGGGGUGCCAGCGGAUUGCGCCGCAAAUGAGGUUCUCUUCCCUUUCUCUAUGCUGGCGACGCAAGCCUGUGGAGCUGGAGGCGUCAUCGGAAGUUGUAACGGACAGGCGACUUCAGUAUAUUGCUGUCGGGUCAUGGAAGGAACCCUGUCGUCCAGCGAUUGUCACACGGUCGGAGCGGAUUCGGGAGAAAUGGCAGAAUGCGGACCCCUACAGUUCAUGCAGGGCGCCUGCAGCUCUUACUUCGGUGAAUCUUGCGGCGAAUUCAGCCACUCAGUGUUCUGCUGCAACUAUUAUAUGAACGGCUUCCGACUGCUCCCAGACAACAUCGAAGAGGAGAGAUCUUCUGGAGGACACCACGUCUACUGUCCAACUGAAAAAUUUGCCUCGGGAAUGUGCGCAACCAGUGGUACCAGUGCCGAAUGUACGAGCAACGAUUUCGCCACGCUCCAGUGCGCCAAUCCCGCCUAUUUCAAGAACCCGCAUUUCAGACACAUCAAGGCAGUAGAAGAGCAAUAAGUAAUUCUUUUGAAUCGAUGUCUCUCACCGGCUUUCUUAUUCCCAGUCUGAUGCGAUGGAAAUGAUUGACUCGCCCGAGAAAAUGCGACGUUUCGGAAUUAAACGUUCCUUCAGACAUUCCAACUUGUUUUUCCCGGAUGCGAAAAAAACGAACCGAUGUGGCGGACGAACCCGAAUAAGUAAUUUCCUGAUUCUCACGUUUUUGGUUGAUUUCUUUCAGUUGUAUUGCAGCCACUUGUUGCGCUGAAAUGUAAUGAGCUUACGGUGUUCCUGCAGUGAACACAAUUUUACA